UAAAUAAAUAAUAAAUAAUCGACCCUCCCGCAGUUUCUUCUUCACACACACAUCACCUUCCUCCUCACGGCUUUAUCUUUUUCUUUGCAGAUCAAGAACCCAAAAUAAAAAUAAAAAUUAUAUAUACAGAAAACUGACUACGCGUUGAGAGCAAAGCAACUUAAAAAUAAAGUCUUUACCACUAACUAAAGUCUCCAUCUUUCAUUUUCUUUCACCUUAUUCUAUUCAUUAGCAGCAUCUUCACUCCUUCAGCCUAUUUAUCCAGAAAAAAAUAUUUUCUUGAUCUACUAUUUUUGUGACCAGUUUUGUUUAAUUUUAAGUGAACCAGCUGAAAAUUCUGGUGCUUCUUGUUGUGAUAUUAUGUGGGGUUCAUUUUCUGUUGUUUAAAAGCAUAAAAGUAGUACUAAGUUUUUAUUGUUCAUGUCAUAAAGGCCAAAGCUUUGUACUUUAUGCUUGAGUAUUCAAAUGCUUAGUGAAUUAUUGUUAAGUGUUAUGAUUUUGGUAGUCAAAUAGAUGUGUUAGUUCAUUUGUUAAGUUGUUGAUUAAGCAUUUGGGGUUUUGAAAUGGGAUCUGCUAAUGGAUUUUACACCGGAGAAGAAUUUAAUUUGGAGACAAAAUGGUUGAUUGAUCCGAAGCUUCUUUUUGUUGGUCCUAAGAUUGGAGAAGGUGCUCAUGCCAAAGUGUAUGAGGGAAAAUACAAAAACCAGAAUGUAGCGAUAAAGAUUGUGCAUAAAGGGGAAACGCCAGAGGAGAUCGCUAAGAGGGAAGCUCGUUUCGGAAGGGAGGUUGCAAUGUUAUCCAGAGUUCAGCACAAGAACUUAGUGAAGUUUAUAGGAGCUUGCAAGGAGCCUGUCAUGGUCAUUGUAACUGAACUUCUUCUCGGUGGAACGUUAAGAAAAUACUUGGUGAGCAUGAGACCGAGGUGUUUGGAUACUGCUGUUGCUAUUAGAUUUGCACUUGAUAUAGCUCGUGGAAUGGAAUGCUUGCACUCUCAUGGAAUCAUUCAUCGUGACCUAAAACCUGAGAACUUGCUUUUGACGGCGGACCACAAAACUGUCAAACUUGCGGAUUUUGGUUUGGCAAGAGAAGAGUCGUUGACAGAGAUGAUGACUGCUGAAACUGGAACUUAUCGCUGGAUGGCUCCAGAGCUCUAUAGCACGGUCACUUUAAGACAUGGCGAGAAGAAGCAUUAUAAUCACAAAGUAGAUGCCUACAGUUUUGCAAUUGUCCUGUGGGAACUCAUACAUAACAAAUUACCAUUUGAGGGAAUGUCUAAUUUGCAGGCUGCUUAUGCAGCUGCCUUUAAGAACGUGAGACCAAGUGCUGAUGAUCUUCCGCAGGAUUUGGCUGUCAUUGUAACUUCCUGUUGGAAAGAGGACCCAAACGCUCGUCCCAACUUCACUCAGAUAAUACAGAUGCUUCUACAUUAUCUUUCUGCAGUUUCACCACCAGAACCAGCUAUACCACCUAGGAUUUUCACUUCAGAGAAUCAUGUCUUGCCACCAGAAUCUCCAGGUACCAGCUCGUUAAUGGCCAAGUGCGAUGACUCGGGUGAGACCCCAAAAACACCAAUGGAGAAUCAGCCAAGAGGGUUCUUCUUCUGUUUUAACCAAUGUUACUGAUCCCCAAGGGAAAAAAAAAACUGUUAAUUACCCGGGAUGUAUUCCAAGCUCAGCUAUAUUUUAGGAAGCUCACAAAAAGUUUAGCCCAUAUGUAUCGAUAGAUAACUUAGCUUUUGGUCUUUCUUUGUCUCACCCGCCACAAGAAAAAGGUCGAGCGAUUAGGGACCCUUUUGAAUUUAGCUUUUAUAAGUAAGCCAACCAUGUGAUUCAGAGGUGAAGUUGCUGCAGGAAGAUGCAUGAUCAAGACUCUCCCUUAACACCGAACGCGUUCUGACUUAAUGUGAGGAGUUUCUGGAUGCUGGAGUUGGGUUGCUGUGAUGUAUAUUAUAGUUGUAAAAAAUAAGGUCCAUCCAAAGGCCUGUACUCCAAUCUUUUGUUUAACCUCAAUUGACUCUUGUCAUUUUGGUGCAUUAUUGAAUUGCUAAAUGAGUCAUUAGGAAGUUAGGAACUUGA